CGACUCAUCCAUUGUGCCUUAUGCGGAUGAAGAACCAACAAGAAUGUGUUUUCCCCCAAGCCAAAAUUUGGAAACUACAACUAAGAAGGAAAAGAAGGAAAAACAUGCUAACUCAAGUGCUGGAGCAUCAAAAAGUACCAAAAGCUUGGAGAAUACAAGUAAAAAAAAGAGGAAAGGGAGCAACUCUGAAUCGGUUGGAUCCAAAAGAUCAGGAACCGGCUCAAACCAACUGGUGCCAAUUUCCAUAGAGUUUCCUAUGCCCGGCGAUGAGAAAGAUGUUCCAGUGAAGGCGGGCAAGAGCAAAAAGAGAAAGUGUGCUAAAAAGAUUCCGGCGGUUCCACUUGACAGCCCAGCUAUGUGCACAAGAAGCAAAUUUUUAAGCCCUGCGAGCCCCGCAAUGAGCACAAGAAGCAAAAGAAAGCUCAGCUUGUGAUUAUCAGAUGGUUUCUUUUGACGCAAUUGUUAUUUUGGAGGUUCUUUUGUGCUGUUUGGGUCAUAUAGAUUUGACCUCAUGCAUGUGUGACCUUGUAUGCGAACUACUGAUGCAUCUGAACCACUACUAAUGUGGGAGCAUUGUGAACUACUACUACUUUUGUGUUAUUCUGGUAGUUUGUACAUGUUGUGGUGCAUUUUGCACAUAUAUAUGAAUUGUGUGAGACAUGGCAUAAAAAAACAAGGGUGGUCAUGCCCAA